GUGUGUGUGUUUUCUUUCUGCCAUAUAUAGGGGCAAACUUGCUUCGAGACGAAGUUGUGUGUUAUAUAGUCUGUGAUCUAUCUGCAAACCUCUCUUUCUUUCUUUCUAUCUUUCUUUCUUCUAUACCCUCGGGACUAUAAGGAGCUCUGCAUACUUGGCCUGCUUUAGCCACAGUUGGAGGAAAAUUAUUGAGCAUUUAAUAGAUUAUUUUCUCCCGUGAUUUUGAAGAUCUGUUCAGUUGCUGGCAAGCAUGGAAGGACUGAAUGACGUUCAUGAUGACGGAUCCUUCAUGUUCACCUCAGAAUCUGUGGGAGAAGGGCAUCCAGAUAAAAUCUGUGACCAAAUCAGUGAUGCAGUUCUUGACGCACACUUGAAGCAGGACCCGGAUGCCAAAGUGGCCUGUGAAACUGUCUGCAAGACUGGCAUGGUACUUCUCUGCGGCGAGAUCACAUCUCGGGCCAACGUCGACUACCAGAAGGUUGUGCGUGACACCAUUAAACACAUUGGUUAUGACAACUCUGAAAAAGGUUUCGACUAUAAAACCUGCAAUGUGCUGGUGGCUCUCGAGCAGCAGUCUCCUGAUAUAGCACAGGGUGUCCACAUUGACAGACAUGAGGAAGAUAUUGGAGCUGGAGACCAGGGGCUCAUGUUUGGCUACGCCACUGAUGAGACGGAGGAGUGCAUGCCACUCACCAUUGUCCUCGCUCACAAACUUAACGCCAAAAUGGCUGAGUUGCGGCGGGACGGCACCAUCCCAUGGCUCCGCCCAGACUCGAAAACUCAGGUCACUGUGCACUACAAGCAGGAGAAUGGCGCUGUGAUUCCUUUGCGUGUCCACACAGUAGUCAUCUCUGUCCAACAUGACGACCACAUUUCACUGGAGGAACAGCAGCGUAUUCUGAAGGAGAAGGUCAUCAAAGCUGUGGUGCCAGCAAGGUAUCUUGACGAUAAGACUGUCUACCAUCUGCAGCCAAGUGGACGCUUUGUCAUUGGGGGGCCUCAGGGAGAUGCUGGUGUCACGGGUAGGAAGAUUAUUGUGGACACAUAUGGUGGAUGGGGGGCUCAUGGUGGUGGUGCCUUUUCCGGAAAGGACUACACCAAGGUGGACCGCUCUGCUGCCUAUGCUGCACGUUGGGUGGCUAAGUCUCUGGUGAAGGCCAAACUGUGCAGAAGAGUGUUGGUUCAGGUGUCUUAUGCCAUUGGAGUCGCGUACCCUCUCUCAAUCUCCCUCUUCACCUACGGCUCAUCGGAAAAAACAGAGAAGGAGUUGCUACAGAUUGUCAAUAAGAACUUUGACCUCCGACCAGGCGUCAUUGUUAGGGACCUGAACCUGAAGAGGCCUUUCUACCAGAGCACCGCCUGCUACGGUCAUUUUGGCCGAUCAGAGUUCCCCUGGGAGAUGGCCAAAAAUCUCAAGGUUUAAAAUGAGAGGCGUGCGAGUCCUACCUUAAGUCAUUCAGUCGCUCUUUCCUCCAGCGCUCCUCUCUCAGCUGAUUUUAGUUCACUUGCUGCAUAUGCUACAUUUCAGAUUAGAUGAAUAUACUGUAAAUGUCAAGAUUGAUAAAUUAAAUUCAGAAGUCUGUGGUGACAGGAUCCCUCACAAAUGCUUCACCACAACAACACUCAUGACAAUCUAUCAUUCCGUAAACCUGAAUCGCGUCCUGUACCAUCUUAGAAAAUAGAGAAGCAUUAAGUAGUCAUUUGAUAGUUUGAUUACUUUAAAUGUGUAAGAACUGUGACGCUGUGGUGCUAUCAAAACAUACUCUGUCAGGAGCAACACUGGCGCGAGUUUUGGGCGGGAAUAUCUGUUUUUCCGAUCAACGGAGGAGGGUUCGGAAAAACGUGAAAAAUGCAAUUUUUGGUUCCACUAGUACCUCAGAAAUAACAUAUCAGCUUUAUACUUAAAAUUAUUUAAAUCAUAAUUAUUUCGUUUUUACUACAUUGUAAUUUCUUUUUCACUAUCAUGAGCCAAAUUAACUAUUUAAUAAUUUUUCAUUGUGACUGUAACCAAGAGUUACAGCAGCGUGUUGUGAAGAGUUCAAAGCAUAUUGUGGACCACUGGGAGUUUUAGGUUUUAUACGUUGUACAAUCUCAGAAUCAUAUUCAUUACAGUCUUAAAAGGAUCUAAUUUAGCCUUUUUCUUGAAUCAUAAGAAAGUUUGCUUUUUAUGCUUCAUUUUUGACUGCAUUAUCCCAUUAAUGUUUUAUAAUGGCAGAGGGAUUUUAUGAGAAUGUUGUUGUUGUUUACGUGUACAGAUCCUGUGCUGGUCUUACAUUAAUUGUCACCCCUGAAGAGUGAGCGUGUGUAUGUGUGUAUGUACUUCCGUUUUGAACAAAGCCAGAUAAUGUUGCACACUUGAGAUGUGUGUGAAAGCCACUCAUUUGUUUUCUUUAGACUUCCCUGAGUUCAACAGAGGCAUUUACCCUUAAAAACAACACAAACCAUCAUAUUCUUACCGUUUUCUUUCAGAUUUUCAACUUUUGUCUUUGAAUUUAAGAUCUGACAUGUAAAUAAUUGUGAAUAAUUAAAGUGUGGAAAAUUCUU